UUCGCAUAUUAUGGUGUGUUGUGUGUCUUAUUAACUAUUUAUAUUAGUUUUUGGCGGUUCCUUUGGAUAAAUGGAACAAAUGGCAUGCUGUGGAUGUAUUCUUCUGUUAAAUAUCAUUCUAACAUAAACAAUCAAGUGUUUUAGGAGCAAGUAUUAUCAACACUAAGUUUAAUUCUUUUUACAUAGUUAAUACUGCCUGUUGUAAAAUACAAUUGAGAAUAUUGUAUUAUUCUGAGUAAAGACUUGCAACUGAAGUCUUUGUUACUAUAAUUUCAAUCUUCUUGAUUGACUUACCGGACAGACAGUCAGCUUGUGCCUGAUGUCGGAGAAAAGGAGACAUCUGUCACCAAACAUUCCAUCAUGAAAACUAAACAAAUCAAAGAGGAGUCGGACAAGAGUGUUGAUGAAGAUACAAUAGAACCAAAGACUCGUGCCCGAAAGAAAGCCUCGGAUAUUGCUGAUGAAGAUAAAAAUAAACCCAAUCAAGAUGAGAAACCUCCCAAAGAACCCAAAAAAACUGUAGGGAAACCUAAGGCUGUUGUUAAAAAAAGACCCCUUGGAAUAAGGAAAACUUUAAGAAAUAAGAAAAUUGUAUCUGCUAAGGAAAAGCUGCGGAAUGUUGUAAAAGUACCCGGCAAGAGAGGCAGGAAGCCUGCCGUCAAACCAAUCCCUGAAACUUGUCAAGAAACCGUCCCAUUGAUACCUGCUUCUGAAAUUAAAAAGGAACCAAUUGAAGACACUACACCUAAUUCUAGGUCCUCAAGUCCUAAAACUGGCAGAAGACAAAGGCUCAGCUCUGACAUGUUCAUGAUGAAAUCUGUACUCGGUGAUUCCCCAACGUCACUUGUGCUUGGGCCCCGGACCAGCCCUUACUCUAUGCGUUCUGAGAGAAGCAAUAGUCCAUCUAUGUUUGAAGGAAAACAUUUGAGAAGUAGGAAGCCAAGAGGUGCAAAGAGCAAGCUCCUCAGUGAAGUGGUAAUGAAGGAACAGAAGAAGAGACGAACUGAAGGUGUGGAGGGUAAUGACGAUAGCAAAAAAUUAAAAAGAGGACGCUCCUGCUCAAGGGAUGGCAGCGAGUUCUCAAAAUGCUCAGAUGUCACGGAAUCCGAUGUAAGCUUGAGUGAAACACUCAUAGACUCGGAGAACAAGGAGCUCAACAAAAACAUAGAUAAACCUAAGACUGACCUAGAUGUAGAUAUUGAAAAUAAUGUACAGAUCUCGACUAUUUCAAAAGUGCCUUCUCUUAACAUUGACUCUAAAUUGUCUGAUGCCACGGGGGAUGUAGAGCCUAGUUCUAAUGUACAGGAAAAGGAUAAGAAGAAAUUGAGCUUAAAACGGACUACAUCAGUAGAUUCUGACAACAAUAAUAGUAAUAGACUUAAGUUAGAAAAUUUAAAUGCAUCAGAAUUAGAAGCAAAGUUGUUGCCCAAGACUGAACAAAAUACGCUUUUUGAAGAACGUAGUAGUAUAUUGACUAGCAUGUCGAGGACAUUCAAUUCAAAGGAGGUUUCUAAAAAUAUAAGAAAGGCAAGACGUGGGAAGAAAGUAGCAGGAGUAGGAAGAUCUAGUUGUGGUCCGGCUUCCAAAAAUGGGAUAAACAGCACAAUAACAAAUGAUGCAGCUGAUGAUAAACAUGAAACCUUGGAUACUCUGUCAAAAGAAAUCAACGAUCUCAUUAAUGAUCUGGAUCAAAACAUAGACCAGGAUCAGGAAAUAGCAAGCAAGGUAACAGAUCAAAUGCCAUCCAAACCCGUUGCCAAGUUUUAUGGUCUAUCAAAGCCACUGGGAGAUAGCAACAGUAUUAUUGCACCAGAAACGCCAAACAAGGAUAAAGACUUAAUAUCACCAUUAACAAAUGAAAUGACUCCUUCAAAAAGUGAUGAUAGUGAUAACAUACGGCUUCGAUAUGAGGAGGACUCUGUUGAAAAGUCAGCUGAUGCCCGUAGACUUGAAAUACCAUACAACUGCCCCACUGUCGCCAGUAUUGACAAGCUCAUGGAUAGACUUAAGGAGUUUGAGGAACUGGAUAAGAAGAGGCAAAGGCAAGAGUCUGAAUCAAAAGUAACGGAUAACAAGAGUGUCAUGGUGACAAAUGAUGUUGUGUUGAUACCCAAAUCCGGAGCAGACAUUAAACCCCUGAAAGACAUACAAACUGUACGGUCACCAGAAAAAAUUAUUGAAAAAGAGAAUGUUUUAAGUUGCUUUGAAAACAAUUCAGCCAUUUCUAUUGUUAAAAGGGAUCAAGUGAGAAAGUCCAUCGAUGUAGAUCUGCCUAAUUCGGUGACAUUGAUUAAGAGAAAUAGUUUCAGCGCCCGCAAGGAAUCCACGAGUUCAAACCAUUCAAAAGAAUCUGAUGCAAUCAGCGUUUUUGAAAAAUCCUUCGGCAAAGAUGUUACGCUGACUGAACUUAGAAAAUCAGUAGACAAAGGAUCAUCUUCAGCUCAAAUAGACCUGCAUCAGUUUGCACUCCAUCCUACCAACACCAAUCAGGCUCUGGUUGGCUUAGUUUUGGAUUCGAGUCAAAUAUCCAUCACUCCUCGUGUGGUCGAACCAAAAGUAACUGGUGAUCAGAAGCGUAAGUCGAGAGAUUCACUUUCAAGAAAAUCUUCUGAAUCUGGUAUUGAGAACGAAGAAAAGGUAACAACAAUAGAAAAGAUGAAAUCACCGACAAAUCAAAUGAAGUCUCAAGCUAUCACUAUCAUUCCGGCGCCAGUUGCUGUUAAAUCUCCGGAGGCUGCGCAGGCGAUGGAAACCGAAGUUCUUGCUCCACCAUUAGAUAACGUAAAACUGGUGCCCGCAAGCUUGUCCCUCGCUUCCGAAGUCGUCAACACUGCCGUGGUAGCAGACCCCGAAAAUAUACUAGCUAACCUAGACUCAGACAUAAAUAAUCACAAUGAGACUGAGAAAACUGAAGCCGCAACAGUUCCUGAAAACGAAACAGUCGUUCCUGACAUUCCUGCAAAGGCUGAACCUCCCGUUGAAGUAAAGGAAGAAGCGAAACCAACUGUAGAACCAGUUAAACCUAAAGAGACUCCUAUCAAAUCUAAAGAAAGUAUAACGAAAGUUGUCGAUGCUAAACCAAACAGUGAUUCAAGGAAAUCAACUGAAAAUAUAACCGAAGCGGUUAAGCCUAAAAGUCCGAGAGUCAAAUCGGCGCGUAAUUCUAUAGAGAGCCAAGCCGGUCCCAGCAACAUGAUUCUGGAAACUCCCGAGAGUCAGAAGCGAAAAGAGAACGUGCUACGUACACUCGGCCUGCUCACACACAAGGCCGCUAACGAGGCAAAGAUAGAGAAGGCGAAAGAGAAGGAGCGUAUCUACGGCUCUAACUACUGCAGCUUAAUGGGUAGUAAGAAUAAAUCCAAAUCCGGCGACUACACGGGCACGCUGAAGACUGUGAUCAAACUGCCGCGUAACACUGGAGAGAGAGAGAGAAAAAGACAGAAGACGUCUCUGAAGAUGACCUUCCAGAAGACCAAGCCGCGGUCAGGCAAGGUAGCAGUAGAGGUCGGUGAGGCGGCCGGCGAGGACCACUACACCGUGGAGAGACGAGAGGGCGGCGCCGGUGCGACGUCAGAUGGUGGGCACAGAAAGUCACAUUACAGUAAUCGGCUUAACAACCAUGAUACAGAAACGGUGCCAGAACCGGAACCAGCCAAGGACACUCCCAACCUGGUGAUACCUGAAAAGGCGUCAUCUUUCAGCAUCCAUCCUGACCGCCUUUGUUUAGACCAGUGCUUUUACUGCGGAGGAAAGUUCGGCCUGUUUGACACACCCUGUCACAUCGCACAAAUGAAGAGCACAGAACGACAGAGAAAAGUUCUAGACAACGAGGAGAAGCUUACCAUAGACAGUUGUCUAUGCGACGCGUGUUAUAGACACGUGGACAGACGCGCCAACUGCCCUUCGUACCGCAAGAGACCGCUUGUGAAGCCACUCACACCGCAGCUGCCCACACAACCUGAGAAUGUCAAUGAAAAUCCUCUCAGUCCAACGGAGGAUGACAGUUCAGAGGAGACGAAGUUGCUACGCGAGGUUCGAACCGCAACCUGCCAUACGGCGGGCUGUGGCGCCGGCGCCGAGCACUCGGUGCGCAGGAAGUGGCUCAUCAAGAUGCGCUCCAGUGUCAAUAAACUGUUGAAACUGGAGUGCGACUACCCGGGACUGCACACGAUACCUCUGUGCGCGGAGCACUACCGCACUCUGGCGCCGCUAAUGGCGUGCGUACUGUGCCGCCGCCGCAUCACAAAACAUCACAAUGUACACUUCAUACAUCAUGGCUAUUUGGAAUUGAACCCGUACUUGAAAGAGGCGGGUGUACCUGUGCAGUUCACUGAGCGGCCGGUGCUGUGCAAAAUGUGCCGCAACUACUGCGCACUGCUCACCCGACCUGGGCACAAUGACAAGUACGCUCAGGCCUGCAGGCGAAGAUUACUACAAAUAUACAAUAUAGAACUGCCACCGGAAUUGGAACAUGAAGUAGAGAAUACUUUAAUACUAGAAGACAGUGGUUUGGGCAAACAGAAGAAGAAAGCAAGAACCAAAUCCAAGCAAAGAAAGUCCUCGGAACCAGACAAGCCCGACAGCGAGUCUAGUGAAAGAGCAACAGAGAGCUCGCCAGAGAAAGAGAAGGAAAAAGAAGUAGAAGAACCCAAAAGCACACCCCCCAUAGAAGAAGAUAUAGAAAGUCUCAUAUCAUCAAAUAAAAUCCCCGUCCCUGGCGCAACGAAACAACCAGAGGAACCUCCGAGCGAUGGUUCAGAAAGCGAAGCUGUCUUCGACUGUGAUGCUCCCAUUAUACCUUUAGACAAACGGACAGAACUGCAAUAUCUAUUACAAAAACAAAAUAAUCCCAAACAAUUUAUACAGAAACCUCCGAAUUUAACACAAAAGCAAAAGAAUAUACUCAAAGUUCACAAUCCCGGAGUACAGAAACCCGGCUACCAGAAUAAAAUUAAUGAUAAAAACUCCAAAAGAUUACACAAAAUUGGACAGAUAUUCGCUCAUAAGGAGAAACCCACCGGCGAUGUUGAAAUGCUUGAAGCGGAAAAGCCGAAAGAAAUUACUAUACUCAAAAAUAUUUCUCUCAAUGACGAGUGCACGAUAGAAACUAUACCAAACAAAAAACCCGCCGACAUCAAUACACUUAAAAACAAAUGGCAGAUGUCCGAAAGUUUUACACAAGUUAAAAAGAAUUUGAGCGAACUGUCUAAGAAGUUGUCAGUUGACAAAGAACCAAAGAAAACAUCUGACAUGAAAUACUCGAACCCGGUCAAAAGAUUGGAAACAAAUCCCUCUAUAUCUGUCAGAGAAUUAUUCCCGGGAGAAGAAGAAAUGAAUUUACAAUGCAAUAUAGAGUUUAACAAUGUCAAAGGCGUAACACCAGAAGGUUGGGAAAAAUGUAAUACAAUGAUUCAAUACGACGUUGAGACUAAAAAACUCUGGAACGAGCUCCAAAGACCUUACGGCAACCAAUCGAGUUUUCUCCGUCACUUGAUUCUAUUAGAAAAGUACUUCAGGAACGGUGAUUUAGUACUGUCACAUAACGCGUCACCGAACGCGACAAAUUACAGUGAUUCAGUGCAAAGUAGACUACGAUCAUACGACAACGUAGCCGAACCCCCAAAGAGAACGGAACCUGCUAUAAGCCUGUUAGAGUUCCGUAAAAAACCUUCAGUGAACGGGAAGAGUCUUCUCAAAUCCAAUCACGGCGCAGAAGAUAAAGACCCAAAGAAGUUUAUGCCACCCCCUGUGGUGCCAAAGCCGAAAUCUAAGAGCGAGAAACCCAAAUUAAAACCUCUACCUCCUGAACUAAUAGCGAUCAAUACGCCCAACGCUCAAGGAAGGAAGGCGAUACAGAAUGUACUGCACAAUAUCCAACAGCUAGUGAAGGGAGUGUCGGCCGCGGACCCCACGGAAGUGGCUGCGGCGCCCCUGCCCCCGACACCCAAGUUUGAGCCCCCUAAAGAGAAGAAGGAAUCGCUCCCAAAACCUGACACCCCGAAAAAGACGAAGACCACGAGCAAGCCGUGGCGACCAACACUCAUGCCGAUCACACAAGAGAACCUCGCGAGGAUCGCCCGCGAGCCGACGCAGGUUGCAGUUGACGGGCGCACGUUGCCCAGCCUGGUGCAGGUGAUGUCCUCCGGCAAGCGCUACCACAUCACCCUGCAGGACUACAACAAAAUGUGUAUCAUGCGCCGCGAGAAACUGCAGCAGCUGCAGGACGGGGACUGCAAGCCUAAGAAGGAGGACACCACCAUCGUCACCGAGGUGCAAACCUCUUCCAUGCUCGGCAACGGAGGCACGGUCUUGCAAAACAUUCCCGCAGAAGAGGAAAAAAAAGAAUCCGACCUACAAAUCAGUGCGAAUGCAGCGAAUAUACUGAAAAAUGUCGGUCUGAAGAACAUAACAAUAGCACCGAUUCCACCUAAAACAGCAACGGUGACCUCUCAAACUCUGUCCCCGGUGGUCACCUCACCUUCGCUACUGAUGACGUCGACUCCCAUCAAGAUACCACAGCUGGGACCCGCGGUGUCCAUAACUAGUGAGACUGUGCUUACUCCGACAUUGCCCAUUAUGACUACGAAUAUGGUUCUCCCGAAGAUUCCCAAGUCGCUGACGGUGAUUCCGCAGACUGUGGCCCAGCCCCUCGCGAUCCCCGUAGCAACAUUGGCACCCACGGUCGCAGUCUCCACCGACCAGAGACCAUAACGAAGCGUCCUCUUCGUGGUCGUGUAACAACCGACCGCGAAUUUAUCGUACACCGAGUGACGUUUCACACGCUAACGUACUAAAGUGGAACGGUGUUAAGUGUAUGUGAUUAAGUGCAGUGUUAAGUGAUGUGAAACAUAUCAGGUGCUACGGUGCAAGAAGUUGUAGGACUUUACAUAGAGCCUAUUUUCGUAUCGCUUAGUGAGAAUUGCCCGGAGGUGAAAGGACACAUGGCAAAUGCAAUAUAGUAAGUGAGACACCGGUCGAGCCUUAUAAUGUUAGAAUUAUGUAUAUAUUAGUGUAGGAAUGUUGUAACGCGCUGUGAGCACCGGUGGAGAGGAUUGUUUUAAAAAAUAUAUAUUAAUCUGAUAUUUUUAGGUUUUUAUUUCACAUUUGCGCAAAUGAUGCGAUAGCCGAUGAAAUGAUUUAAAACUUUAUCAAUACUGCCUGUACAUUUCAUCACAAUUUAGGUUUAACACGAAAUGAAUAUCCGUAGUUUUCUAUUCCAUAGAUAGAAGUAUAUUUUUAUAUCAAAUCCUACACAACAUAUACACGAGUAUAUAGAAAUUAUAAAAGAUUUUAUAUAUUUGAAUCCAUUUUUAGAGACAAUAGCUUCACUGACUUCCAUAUAGAAAUGGACACAAAUCUUUUAAAUUUGAUAAGCGAAACAUCAUUCAAAAUUCUCUAGUCAGGUUGGAAUAUUGCAUUUAUAAUUUAUUAUAAACAAGUCACAAUGCAUUCGUAUCAUUUGCGUGAAAUUAGACAAUUUAAUGUAUAUACGUUCAGUUUAUGAAACCUUAUU